AUGGCAAAACCAGUCCUCAUCUUUGUCCCUGGGGCAUUCGCCCGAGCAUUUAUGUACCACGACUUCGUGGAACAGUUGAAACCAUAUGGGUAUGAGGUAGAGGUCGUCGAUUUGCCGUCGACUAUCGACCGUUCUCCCGAGCCACCAGCGACUGUACAAGAUGACGCGGCCGCCAUACAGGCGAUUGCCUCCAAAUACAUUGAACAGGGGAAAGAUGUACAUCUCCAUACGCACUCAUAUGGAGGCAUUCCAGGGACUGAGAGUAUCAAAGAUAUCUCCAAGAAGUCUCGAGAAGCACAAGGUCUCAAGGGUGGGGUAACUCGCAUUGUAUAUACCACUGCUCUAGCACUGCCCGUGGGAGUGGCAUUGAGAGCUGGUAUGGGGGACACUUUUCCAGAUUUCUUGACUGUGCAUGGCGACUACAUGACAACGGACCCUGUUGCAAAUUCGAAGCUGACCUUCGCCGGUCUGCCUGAGAAGGAAGCAUUGGAAUGGGCGAACAAAAUGUCUGUGCAUACAGUGGCUAGUUACGAUAGCCCUUUGAGCUACGCAGGCUAUAAUGACGUUGAUGUCUCUUAUAUUGUCUGUGAUGAGGAUGUGAUUAUCCCCCUGGCGUCACAAGAAGGGAUGAUUGAGCUGCUCAAAACUGUGACCGGCAGACCAGUGGAUGUUCAGCAUGUCAAGGCUGGACAUGCGCCUCAUCUCGCUGAGCGUGCACUCAUGCUUGAUGCGAUCCGAAAGACUGCCGUAGUCUAA